AUGCCAGACAAGAAAGUCCUGUCCACCCGGGAGAUCUCCGCACACAACUCCCACGAUGACUGCUGGGUUGUCGUCGACAACCAAGUAUGGGACAUGACCGACUUUCUAGACGAACACCCUGGAGGAUCUGCAAUCAUCCUGAAGUACGCUGGCCGCGAUGCCACCCAGCCGUACUCUGAGGUCCACACGCCAGGCGUCCUGAAGGCCAACCUCUCCCCGGACAAACACCUGGGCGUUGUCGAUGAUUCCACCAUCGAUGAUGACUGGCUGAAGCCACCGCCGUCCCAAACACCCCAGCUGGCUGACAACGAAAAGCCACCACUCGACACACUGAUCAACGCCCACGAUUUCCAGGAAGUUGCCUCGCGCACAGUCAGCAGGAAAACAUGGGCGUUCUACUCCAGCGCUGCGACAGAUCUGAUCACCCGCGACGCGAACAAGUCGUGCUUCGACCGCAUCUUUUUCCGUCCGCGCGUGCUGCGCAAUGUCCGCGAGGUCGACACCAAGACGAAUAUCCUCGGCGUUGACUGCAGUCUCCCGCUGUUUGUCAGUCCCGCCGCUAUGGCUAAGCUGAUCCAUCCAGAUGGCGAGUGCGCAAUUGCCAAAGCCUGUGAGGCAAAGGGAAUUAUGCAAGGUAUCUCGAACAAUUCGUCGUACACUAUGGACGAGUUGCGGUCCGCCGCGCCGACGGCCAGUUUCUUCUUCCAAUUAUAUGUCAACCGAGACCGGGAAAAGUCUGCCGCACUCCUGCGCCAGUGCUCUGCCAACCCCAACAUCAAGGCGAUCUUCGUGACGGUGGACGCGGCGUGGCCGGGUAAGAGAGAGGCAGACGAGCGCGUCAAGGCCGACGAGAGCCUAUCAGUGCCCAUGUCCCCGUCCAAAGCGAAGAACGACAAGAAAGGGGGUGGACUGGGCCGUGUGAUGGCCGGGUUCAUUGACCCCGGACUCACAUGGGAGGAUCUGGUCUGGGUCCGGAAACAUACCCAUCUUCCAGUGUGCCUGAAAGGUGUCAUGUCAGCGGAUGACGCUAUUCUCGCUAUGGAGGCUGGACUGGACGGCAUCCUGCUGAGCAACCAUGGCGGACGCAACCUCGACACCAGCCCUCCAUCCAUCAUCACCCUUCUAGAGCUGCAUAGGCGGUGCCCCGAGAUCUUCGAUCGAAUGGAGAUUUACGUGGAUAGUGGGAUACGCCGCGGCACGGAUAUUCUCAAGGCGAUCAGCUUGGGCGCGACCGCCGUUGGCAUGGGUCGCAGUAUGCUUUUUGCGACAAAUUACGGCCAGGAGGGCGUCGAACAUUUGAUCGACAUCAUGAAAGACGAGUUGGAAACAGCCAUGCGGAACAACGGAAUCACGAGUUUAGACCAGGCUGGUCCACAUUUGGUGCACACAGGCGACGUCGACCAUCUUGUUCCCUCCACUCCUGGGCAUCCGUCCAUCCCUGGAUUCCCCUGGGACACCGUGGGCGAGAAUGCGGGAGAGAGUCGAGACCGGCCGGAGAAACCACUCAACUCCGCCAGGAUCGACGGCACCAUCGACGCCGAGGUCUCCACUGUCUCAACAGAAUGGGAAAUGACGGGAAGAAGUGAUGGGAGCGAUAUCAAGGCGGUUUGA